AAAAACCCAGUCCUGCAGCUCGACCAAAGCAGUGUGGUUUUGCAGCCUGGGAGCACUCUUUGUCAUCUCCAUCAUCAUCCUCUGUAGGAGCAAAGCUGCCCUCUUUCUACUCUUUCCCCUUCUUAUCUCCGCACCAUCAUGUCAUUAAACGGCGCUGAUGGGGACUUGCUGCAGAUCCCUCUGGGGCUCAUCAACAGCGCAGGGAAGUAUCUGACAGCGGAGACCUUCGGUUUCAAAAUCAACGCAUCCGCCGGCAGCCUGAAGAAGAAGCAGACCUGGACGCUGGAGCAAACCGGGGAGGACGGCAACGCCGUGUUCCUCAUGUCCCACCUGGGCCGCUAUCUAGCUGCGGACAAAGACGGCAACGUUACCGCGGACAGCGAGACGCGCAGCCGGGACUGCCGCUUCGUCAUCACGGUGCAUGAAGACGGGCGGUGGUCGCUGCAGUCUGAGCCCUACGGCCGCUUCCUCGGCGGCAGCGAGGACCGGAUCACAUGCUUCGCGCAGACAGCCUCUCCGGCGGAGAGAUGGAGCGUCCACCUGGCCGUUCACCCGCAGGUCAACCUCUACAGCUUUGCUCGGAAACGCUUCGCGCACCUGAGCGCCCAGGAGGUCUCCAUAGACCGGGACGUUCCCUGGGGCGUCGACUCCCUGGUGACGCUGGUCUAUCGUGACCAGCGCUACCACCUGGAGACAUCUGACAACCGCUUCCUGCGCAACGAUGGCAGCCUGUCGGCAAAAACCGACAAGGACACCGGCUACAUGCUGGAGUUCCUCUCGGGGAAAGUGGCAUUCCGUGACUGCAACGGCCGCUACCUGGCACCGGUGGGUCCCACCGGGACGAUGAAGUCUGGGAGGAGCGCCAGGGUGGGGAAGGAUGAACUGUUUGGCCUGGAGCGCAGCCACGCUCAGGUGGUGCUGACUGCGGGCAACGAGAGGAAUGUGUCUACUAGGCAAGGCAUGGACCUGUCAGCCAAUCAAAAUGAGGAAGGGGACCAAGAGGUGUUCCAGUUGGAGAUGAACCGUGAAGACAGAAAAUGUGCCUUUAGAACUGCUGCUGGGAAAUACUGGACACUGACGGCAAGUGGAGGACUGCAGUGCACGGCCUCCACUAAGUCUGUCAACAGUUACUUUGAACUGGAGUGGCGUGAUGGUCGCGUUUGCAUUCGUGCUGCCAAUGGGAAGUAUGUGACUGCCAAGAAGAAUGGGCAGCUGGCUGCUGCAGUUGACAAUACAGGAGAGGCGGAGCUGUUUCUAAUGAAGCUGAUUAACCGUCCAAUCAUCGUUCUGCGUGGAGAGCACGGUUUUAUUGGAGCUCGCAAGGCUGGACUUCCAACCCUCGACUCCAACCGGGCAUCAUAUGAUGUUUUCCAGCUGGAGUUUCAUAACGGUGCAUAUUCUAUUAAAGACUCCCAGGGGAAGUACUGGUGUGUUGGAGACGACUCAGCGGUGGUGUGCAGCAGCCCCACACCAGUUCAGUUCCUGCUGGAGUUCUGCGACCUCAACAAGACGGCAAUUCGAGCUCUGGGUGGGAAGUACCUUAAAGGCGACCAUGCCGGAGGGCUGAAGGCCAGCGCAGACUCUGUGGAUAGUGCCACCCUCUGGGAAUACUGAGAAAUUACUUUUUUUUUUUCUUCAUCUGCACAAUGCUUCAAACUCUUGACACGUAGUAUCUGCAGAUUGUUUUUCAUAUUUCCGUCGGUGCUGUUGUAAACUUGUUUGGAUGGCUGUGUUGUCAAAUCUGAAUGUCAUUGCCUCAAGACAGUGCUGGGUUUUUCUUUUCUAGAAAUUGACUAUACUUCCUGGGUUUCUACUGGAGCUGUCCAGCAGUGUGUUCUGAAUUUGACUCCACACAUCAUGUUUUUCACACCCUAUCAAACUUACACUUGCUGUACCUAUCUAUCUGUAGUGACUCCUGGUAGAACAAACAUGUAGAACGUUGUAACUCUAAAACUUCAGUAUCAAGCUUUUUGCUGCUAUAAGACCUCCGGUUUCCCUUUUUUUUUCUUUGCUGUCUGUCAAAACACAUCCAUAUGCGAAAUCAGAAGAAGUAACAUCAAUGAUUUGCCAUCGUCAGCUGUAAAUAAGGCUUUCUCUGUUGUCGAAUGCUUUAAAACAUGAUAACUAUGGAAAUGCUGGAAGAGAAUUCGGAUGAUGAAUGUAGGAUUUAUCCAUGUGCUCGAUUUUUAGAUGUAGGUAGGGCUAUGCACACUUGAGUUUUUUCUACAGCUUGAAAAGAUAAAGAUUUUUUUUCUUUGAUGUUAAAUUCUUCACAGAUCCCUGGGGUCAGAUACCAUUACAAAUGGUCAAAUUUUCAAGACAAGAAAGGCAAAGAUAACUGAGGGGAGAUUCUAAUACUACCCAUCGAUGAGGGUUCAUUCUUGAUAUAAUUCUAUUAAUUGCACAGCUGGUGGAGGAAGGUGUUUCCAAGCACACAUUAGGAUUAUACAUCAAUGCACAUAAAUACAUUAUCUUCAACUGUGAAACUACACUGAGUAAUGAUUAUUGCAAUAAUAAAGUGUCAGUUUAAAAUGAAUCAAAAGCACAUUUUCUUGUUCAAUGGACCUAAACAGGGUGCUGCUGGUGUGUAGAGAUGUAGAAGGAUCAUCCCUGGCUGUUAUUGUUGCUGUGCCUUCAUUAGAACAUUUACUUCUUGCUCAUUCGUGCUUUUUUCCAUUAUAUUGAACUUCAAUAAAGUCAAA